AUGAAAAUUAACUUCGAAAGAGUGCGUUCACUUCAGGAACUUGAGAAUCAGAAAGAAGCAUUAGUCUGUCGUAAUAUCAAAGGUAAAACUCGUCACACUGAGCUCAAGCCAAAUCUAUGGACAUUAGACGGUUCAUUCACACAUUUUACAGUCGGUCCGGCAAAUGAUAACAGGAAAAUAUUCCAGGCAAAUACGCGGACAACGGACAACGGACAACAAGGAACACCUCCGUUGAUUCAGUGUGCACAAUUUGAUAGCAGUCGAACAAAUGCGAGAACGCAACGCACUGAUCGUCAUCGUGUACGCACGCUUUAUCGUGUUGAAGGCUUGACAACUAGGAAUAUUAGUGGACGAGCGCAGCAGCAUUACAUUGCGAGAAUAUCGGUGCGCUUCCGACAUGUCCUCGUUUCAAAGAGUUUCAGUGCGAAAGUUUCGAAAAUUUUUUGGAACUCUGAAGAGAAACACGAAAUCCAUGAAAUUGGGGCACAACUUGAUACUAGUGUGGAGGGUGAAGUGUUGUUCGUUAAAGAAAAGAAGCAUUGGAUGAAAUUAGAAAACGAAACGAAAGUCGAAUGGGAACAUGCCUGCGAAGAAGCAACAUUAACAAGGCAUGUGCCUGUUCACGGCGUUGCUUGUGCGAACCAGUGUAAAUGA